GAACUCUCCUAUCUGAAGACUGAACAAGCACCUGAGCAGCCUGUGUGGACAGAAAUGGCUGAAUCCUUCUGAUGUUGCACUGAAGAAACUGUCAUGAGCGUGUGACAUUAGUAACAUGGGAGGAAAAUGACAGCUGAUUGUCCAUGGUUACCCCAAGGUUGUGAGCAGUGGCCAAAGGGCAGGUCAGGGAGUUGUUCAGAGCCAUUGCGAGAUCCUGGGCUGGAGAUAAAACAUCUGGGAUGACCAGCAGAUCAGUGUUGAUUUGAGAAUGGCCAAUGACGCUACACAUUUCAUUCCAAAUGAAGCAGCAAGUUCACCUUACUUUUCCUGAAUAGUCAAUUUGUCUGCAUUCUCAAACAAUUAUUAAUUGCAGGUCCUGCUUCUCCAGAGCAAAAAUACACAUAUUUGUAAAUUUUGGAUACAAAUCACAUGACCUUCAGCCAUAUGGCUCAGAUAUUCAUUCAGAGAAUGUUUACCUUGGGUUAACUCGUAAGUCCUUCAAAUAUACAAGGCACUCCAUAAAACUAGAGCCUGUCUGAGACAUAGAUCAACAACCAGUCAUUAAGAGGUAUGGUCCAGCUAAAGUCCAUCCAUUACUCCUGAUUAUCCAACCAAUCUCCUAACUCUCAUGAUGCUUCAGUGAGGCAUUAAAGUGUUGAGUUCAGAGGAUCCUCCCUUUAGUUCCACACAUUAGACAGUGGACAUUAAGGCCUAGAGUUAAUCCCCAGAAAGCUACUCCAAGUUGUUUCUGUGUGUGUCAGUGUGUAUAAAAAGUGAGAAAUGACAGUUGGCAGUCACCGAGCUACGGUGAAGGAGCAUCCAGAUCAUCUCCCCACACUGAAGCAUCAUGCAGUCUAUAGUGUCUCUCUCCAUUCUAGCCCUGCUGCUUGGCUUCUCGCAAGCUUUCUAUCUCGACCAACCUGAGCAUGUGGACAUCACGUCAAGGAUUCUCACCAUCAACAACGGAUCCAGUGAACUGUUGUUGGAGGGAGACAUACUCUUGCCAAGAGGUAGGAAUGCUCUGGUCUGCAGCGACAGCAGCUGCUUUUGGAAGAAGUCCUCAAAUGGCCUAGUGGAGGUGCCUUACACGUUGAGCAGUGUUUUCUCUUUCUCUGACCGGACCGUAAUAGCCAAUGCCAUGGCCUCCUUCCACAGCAAAACCUGCAUUCGUUUCGUUCCCAGGACAAAUCAAACUUCCUACCUUAGCAUCGAGAGCAAAGAUGGAUGUUUCUCUAAUGUGGGCAGAUCAGGUGGUGCUCAGGUGGUUUCUCUCAGCAGGUUGGGUUGUGUUUACUAUGGCAUUGUCGAGCAUGAGCUGAACCAUGCACUUGGUUUCUACCACGAGCAUACUAGGAGUGACCGUGACAAGUACGUCAAAAUCAACUGGGAAAACAUCGACCCAACCACGCAGUCUAAUUUCGAGCUGAAAAACACCAACAACCUCAACACUCCGUACGACUACUCCUCUGUAAUGCACUAUGGAAGAACAGCUUUCUCCAUUAACGGGCUGGACACCAUCACUCCCAUUCCUGAUCCGUCAGUGAAUAUUGGACAGAGAAAGGAACUGUCCGCCAUCGACAUCCUGAGGAUCAACACCCUCUACAAGUGCUGA